AUGGAUGCAGAGGCUGAGGAUAAAACGCAGCGUACCCACUCCAAAGGAACGAAGGUGCCCAUGAAUUCUCUAAUCCAGGAGCUCAGCAUGGCAUAUGAUUGCUCCAUGGCAAAGAAGAGGAGAGCUGAAGAGCAAGCCUCAGGUGUCCCUAUCAAUAAGAGAAAGUCCCUGCUGAUGAAGCCCAGACAUUACAGCCCAAACGUGAACGGCCAGGAGGGGCUUGAUACCAGGACGGAGGCGGAGGAGGACAACGGCCUGCUGGCGGCCAACGCUCACCCGACCACAGAAGAAAUCAUGGCAAAACCGAUCGAUGAGACUGUUCAUUCAACUGCACAAGAAAACUCUCAUGGGAGGGAAGACAGAUACGGCUGCUACCAAGAGCUCGUGGUCAAAUCCUUAAUGCACUUAGGGCCAUUUGAAAAAAGUGCCUCUGUUCAGACCGCAAAUGAAAGCUUAAAUGACAGUGGCAUCCAGUCUCUGAAAGCAGAGGGCGACGAAGUCGACGAGUGCUUUCUCACUCAUUCCGACGAUGGGAAGGACAAAACCAGCGACUCCCAGCUGAGAUUCUGCUCCUCCUCCUCCUCCGACGACAGCGAAAGCAACUCGGAGGGUACCGAGAACGGCUGGGACAGUGGCUCCAACUUCUCAGAAGAAACCAAACCACGCGGAGUCCCAGAGUACAUGCUGGUGGACGGCAGGAAAGACAUGCUGGAUGUCACCGAAAUAAAAACCGAAGGUGACAGGUUUGCCUCGUGUGAAGACAGGCGCGAUUCUGACCUCGAAAGGGGAGACCCGCAGCAUGCUCACGCAGAAGCGCUGGGUGGCAAAGCGCAGGCCUCCUUCCCCGGGGCCGAGGAGGACGACAAGCAGUGCCUGGCGGUGAUGACGGAAGAGUCCGUGGGCCUGGAGAAAGCGAAGGGGAACUUGAGUCUGCUGGAGCAGGCCAUCGCCCUGCAGGCCGAGCGAGGCUGUGUGCUCCACCACACCUACAGAGAGCUGGACCGGUUCCUGCUGGAGCACCUGGCAGGGGAGAGGAGGCACACCAAAGUCAUGGACCUGGGCGGAAGGCAGAGCUUUCACAGUAAACACUCGCCACGGCCUGAGCGGAGGGAGACCAAGUGCCCCAUCCCCGGCUGCGAUGGCACAGGCCACGUGACCGGACUCUACCCCCACCACCGCAGCCUUUCGGGGUGUCCCCACAAAGUGCGGGUUCCCCUCGAAAUUCUUGCCAUGCAUGAAAAUGUGCUCAAGUGCCCCACCCCGGGAUGCACAGGAAGAGGGCAUGUGAACAGCAACCGGAACACCCACAGGAGUCUUUCAGGUUGUCCCAUCGCUGCGGCUGAAAAAUUGGCCAUGUCCCAGGACAAAAGUCAGUUUGAUUCUUCCCAAACAGGGCAGUGUUCUGAGCAGGUUCACAGGACAAGCGUGGUGAAGAAGAUAGAAUUCAACUUCCGAUCACAUGCCAUCGCCUCCCCCAGAGCCUCAGCAUCAAAAGAACAAGAGAGGUUUGGGAAAGUGCCAUUUGAUUAUGCCAGCUUCGAUGCACAGGUUUUUGGUAAACGCCCCCUAAUACAAACAGGUCAAGGACAAAAACCACCACCGUUUCCUGAAUCGAGGCAUUUUUCAAACCCAGGGAAAUUUCCUAAUGGACUGCCGAGUGCAGGCGCCCACACACAGAGCCCUCGCCGUGCCAGCUCUUACAGCUACGGUCAGUGCAGCGAAGACACCCACAUAGCAGCAGCUGCUGCCAUCCUGAACCUUUCCACCCGCUGCAGGGAGGCUGCAGACAUCCUCUCCAACAAACCGCAUGGCCUGCAUGCCAAGGGAGCCGAGAUAGAAGUGGAUGAAAAUGGCACAUUGGACUUGAGCAUGAAAAAAAAUCGAAUUCCGGACAAAGCUGCUCCCCUCACUCCCUCUAACACGUCUAUUCCGACUCCUUCCUCAUCCCCGUUCAAAACCAGCAGCAUUUUGGUCAAUGCGGCCUUCUACCAGGCGCUGUGUGUCCAGGAGGGCUGGGACGCCCCGAUCAACUACAGCAAAGCCCACGGGAAGACGGAGGAGGAGAAGGAGAAAGACCCAGUGAACUCUCUAGAAAAUUUGGAAGAAAAAAAGUUUCCUGGAGAGGCUUCCAUGCCAAGCCCUAAACCCAAGCUCCACACAAGAGAUCUCAAAAAAGAACUAAUCACCUGUCCAACUCCAGGAUGUGAUGGAAGUGGCCACGUCACCGGAAACUAUGCAUCCCAUCGCAGUGUUUCUGGAUGUCCUUUAGCAGAUAAGACGCUUAAGUCCCUCAUGGCUGCUAACUCUCAGGAGCUUAAGUGUCCAACCCCAGGUUGUGAUGGUUCGGGGCACGUGACUGGAAACUAUGCUUCCCACAGAAGUUUGUCCGGCUGCCCUCGUGCCAGGAAAAGUGGCGUCAAAAUGACUGCUACGAAGGAAGAGAAAGAAGAACCUGAACUCAAAUGUGCUGUGAUAGGGUGUGACGGCCAAGGUCACAUAUCAGGUAAAUACACCUCCCACCGCACAGCUUCUGGCUGUCCCCUGGCUGCCAAGAGACAGAAGGAGAACCCUCUCCAUGGGGCCCCCCUCUCCUGGAAACUGAACAAACAAGAACUUCCACACUGUCCCCUGCCGGGCUGCAAUGGGCUGGGCCAUGUAAAUAAUGUGUUUGUCACCCACAGAAGCUUAUCUGGAUGUCCUUUAAAUGCACAAGCUAUCAAAAAGGGCAAGGUUUCGGAAGAACUAAUGACUAUCAAGCUCAAAGCAACAGGAGGUAUAGAGAGUGAUGAAGAAAUUAGGCAUUUGGAUGAAGAGAUAAAGGAAUUGAACGAAUCCAACCUUAAGAUUGAAGCAGAUAUGAUGAAACUUCAGACGCAGAUCACAUCGAUGGAGAGCAAUUUGAAGACAAUAGAGGCGGAGAACAAGCUGAUCGAACAGAGUAACGAAAGCCUCCUGAAGGAGCUGGCAGGCCUAAGCCAGGCUCUCAUUUCAAGCCUCGCCGACAUCCAGCUCCCGCAGAUGGGGCCUAUCAGUGAGCAGAAUUUCGAAGCGUAUGUAAAUACCCUCACAGACAUGUACAGCAACCUGGAACGGGACUAUUCCCCGGAAUGCAAAGCGCUGCUAGAGAGCAUCAAACAGGCGGUGAAGGGCAUCCACGUGUAG